AGAACGCAAUAAGACAGACGGAGAUAGUUCAGUUCAGCGAGCACGUGUUGUUGCGGCAAGUUGUUCUACCGCCUUCUCUCGUCAAUCACUCCACCCUUUCUCGCCACUUUCUUUCAGUUGUCUGCUCUCUGCCCAGCUUAGCAGUCUCGUACCAUCUUGUCUGCAAUUUAAUUCAUCUUUAUUGUUCUUUAUUUACCCCCCUGUUGUAACUUUUUGCCAAAAUGCCUGCUGAUUAUCAUCGUCCCGAUGCCAAAAUUGUGUCCGAAUUAAAGGACAUAGCUAAUAAAUUACGUAUACACAGCAUUAAAGCCACUGACGCCAGCAAUUCAGGCCAUCCUUCAUCAUGCAGUUCAGCGGCAGAAAUUAUGUCCGUUUUGUUCUUCCAUACUAUGAAGUACGACAUCAAGAAUCCUCGAGGAGCUUCAAAUGACAGAUUUAUCCUCUCAAAAGGUCAUGCUGCUCCCAUUUUGUAUGCUGCUUGGGCAGAGGCUGGACUUUUCCCCACUGAAGACUUGUUGAAUUUGCGUAAAAUUACAAGUGAUCUGGAAGGUCAUCCCACACCGCGUCUGAAUUUCAUUGAUGUUGGAACUGGCUCUCUUGGACAGGGUUUGAGUAUUGCUGCUGGAAUGGCAUACACUGGCAAAUAUUUUGACAAGGCUGAUUAUCGUGUCUACUGUUUGAUUGGAGAUGGUGAAAGUGCAGAAGGUUCUAUUUGGGAAGCCAUGGCAUUUGCUAGCUACUACAAGCUGGAUAACUUAGUUGCCAUUCUGGAUGUCAACCGAUUGGGCCAGAGUGAUCCUACACCAUUGCAGCAUGAUGUGGAAGUCUAUAAAAAACGAUGUGAAGCAUUUGGCUGGAAUACUUGCAUCACUGAUGGCCAUGAUGUUGAUUCCUUGUGCAAAGUUUUCCACCAAGCUUCAUUAGUUGAGGGUAAACCAACUUGCAUAGUUGCUAAGACGUUUAAAGGCAAAAACAUUCCUGGUGUUGAGGAUCUGGAGAAUUGGCACGGUAAACCAUUGACUAAGAUUAGCGAUGGUAUUUUAACACAUUUGAAGAAUUUGCUGAACAAUCCUGGGCCUCAUCAGCUGACUAUAAAGUCUCCGGAGAAAACCAUUCCUGAGACUGACUUGUCUGAAGUCAAACUGUCUGAACUUCCAGCAUAUGAAUUAGGCCAACAAGUUGCCACCCGAGCAGCUUAUGGUACAGCUCUGGUGAAGAUAGGCAAAAGCUGCAAAUAUGUGGUGGCCAUGGAUGGAGACACAAAGAACUCAACUUUCUCCCAAACUUUCAUGAAAGCCUUCCCUGGUAGGUUUAUUGAGUGCUACAUUGCUGAACAGAAUCUUGUGGGUGUUGGCAUUGGAUGUGCCUGUCGUGAUCGUACAAUUCCUUUCAUCAGCACAUUCGCUUGCUUCCUUUCAAGAGCUUUUGACCAAAUCCGAAUGGGAGCAAUCUCUCAGACUAAUGCUAAUUUCUGUGGUUCCCAUGCUGGCAUAUCUAUUGGUGAAGAUGGUCCAUCACAGAUGGCACUUGAAGAUAUUGCCAUGUUUCGUAGUAUUCCUGGUUCCACUGUCUUUUAUCCCAGUGAUGCUGUCUCUUGUGAACGUGCCAUAGAAUUGGCUGCAGCAACAAAAGGAAUUUGCUUUAUUAGAACCAGCCGACCAAGUGUUCCUGUCAUCUAUAAAAACGAUGAACCGUUUCAGGUUGGACAAGCCAAGAUUGUUCGUCAAGCCUCAGGUGACAAAGUAACCGUUAUUGGAGCAUGUGUAACCCUGCUUGAAGCUGUCAGGGCGGCAGAUCAACUGGCAACUGAAAACAUUUCUAUAACCAUCAUCGAUCCAUUCACUGUGAAACCUAUUGAUGGUAAAACCAUUUAUGAAUGUGCCAAGAAGACAAAUGGCAAGAUUUUGACUGUGGAAGAUCAUUAUGCCGAAGGUGGUCUUGGUGAAGCUGUUUGUAGUGCUAUGUCUGGUUAUCCAAAUGUAAUAGUGAAGAAACUAAGUGUUCUGGAAGUUCCACGAAGUGGAAAAUCGGCUGAGUUAAUGGAGAAAUACGGAAUAAGUGCCAAUUGCAUCGUGAAAGCUGUGCACCAAAUGAUGUCCAUGUAGACAGUGCAAUUGAUAAUCUAAGUGUGUGAUAUCUUUCUAUCAAUGAUAGCAUAUUCACUCUUGUUUAUAACUAAUUGUAUAUGUUGAUUUCUCUUGACAUGUAUGCUGAUAUCGACUUAUUUUCAUAAAUAGAGAAAUUGUACUAUUUUCUUCGAACAUACAAAAAUAAAUUUGAUAGUUAACUGGUUUGUACUAAGGGUUCAUGUUGAAAAAGCAUGCCCUCCACUACUGACCAAUGUCUUUUAUGAAAUAAAACAUGAGAAAGGUAAA